AUGUUAUCGGCUGUACCAUCUAACAGAAGGGAAUCCAGUGCAUCCAAUCGUCUCCAGCAAUUACUUUCCGGCUGUUCUGGUGGCGGUCUUGCGGAUUUUCAUUCGAGUAUUGAUCGGAUAAACCUGGACAGUUCUUUACAAUCGCAGUUGGAGAACUCAUCAGCUGGUGAGGAUGGUCUGGCAGCUCUAUCACCUAUCGUGGAAAACAAUUCUGUGAACCAACUCACAGCCACCCAAAAUACUGCAAGUUCCGUUUCGACUGCAUCUACCAAUACUAUUGCAACUGUUACUGCUACUACCGCUGCUGCUGCUGCUGCUGCUGCUGCUACUGCCACUACUCCUGUUCCAACUACCAUUGCCGCCACUACUACUGCUGCCACCUCUGCCACGUCUACUGCUACUGCUACUGCCACUGCUGCUGCCAGUACUCCUGCUGCCACUUCAACUGCUGCUACUGCUUCCUCUUCAACUGCUGCUACUGCUUCCACCUCCACCGCUCUCUCUUCCUCAUCAUCUGCUGCAACGGUCACCACUAACCCGGGAGAUGAUGAACAACGAAACCCACAAACGGAAUGUCGUCUGAGAGUUGCAAAUAGGAACCAACGUCAACGUGAUCAGACUGAAGAAGUGCUGAGGUCUUUCUAUGUAACACCAUUCGCCAUUGAUCAAACAGAAGUCGACAUCCUGGAAUACAUCAAAGAGAUUUCGAACGCUGAGAAUUCUACACUUCGCUGUGCCAAGUUAGUUCCGAGAAACAAAAACAUCGAUGAGCUAACAUUCAUCUCCUUCAAGGUGACGGUAUCUGAUGACCUGGUUGGUAUUGUCAGUGAUUCCUUCUACUGGCCCGAAGGCGUUCAGAGUCCAAUCUCUCAUCAUCAUCAUCAUCAUCAACACCAACAACAACAACAAAGCGGUAUUGGUGCCACGCGAAAUCCAUGCGAUCGCGAGACCCAGUUAACCUUGAAAAGCUCACUCGGGACGCAAGUUGCUAGAACGAUCGCGGCACGGACGGAAGAGGAGCAGCGAAGAAAUGCUUUGCCCGUGCAUCCGCAGCAUAACAACAACCAACAGAGCCAUUCUGGAAGGCGUGCUUAUAGCGUCGCUCGUGUGCUGCAUGCGAUGGUAAUGGUAAUGGUGAUGGUAGCAGCAAGUAGUAACAGUUCGCCUCUGUCCGUCAGCGAAAGGAACAUCGCUGCAUAA